GCACAGCAGCAUAAAAGCGUACUAACUCAGAAGCUAAACAAAUCUAACCUGCUGAAAAAAUAAGAAUCUAUAGAUUCUCCUAAACAAACAUGAAUCGUUUCAACUACUUAAUAGCGCUUACAGUUGCCUUAGCUGCAAUUGGCCCAGUAUAUAGUAGCUAUGGUGCUCAAGUGCCAGCCGUUGAACCCAGCUAUGCUGCUCCUGUUGCAUAUGGUGUACCUAACAAAAAUGUACCAUACUCUCCUGCCAAUACACGCGGUAACACUGUUACCUCAUCGAUUACUUAUCCACAAAACAAGGGUGAAAUUUUAAUUCAUCGUCCAGCCGCCAUCAUUGUUAAACGUCCACCAACCAAAGUGUUGGUAAAUCAUCCCCCACUAGUAGUCAGACCAGCUCCAGUUGUAUUACACAAACCACCAGCAGUUGUAUUGCGCAAGGUUCUCGUCAAACAUCACCCACGCCCAGUCAAAGUAGAACCUGUAUACGUUAAUGUUGUCAAACCACCAGCAGAAAAAUAUUUCGUCAAUGAGAAACAACAACAAUUGGCUGGUGCUCAAUUACCCUCAGUUCCAGUUGGAUUCGCACCCAUCGGUAAUCUCCCAGCAAGUGCUGCAGCCAGCGCUGAUGGUAGUUUGAGCUCAGGCUUAGCCGGUUUAUCAGGUCUUGGUAAUUCUCCUGCUGCUGCUGCAGCUGGUCCUGCUGGCGCUUCUGCUAAUACUGGAGGUUAUCAACUUUUACCAGGCAGCCACGGUCUUGCUAGUUUAGCUGGUAUUACUGGUCAAGGUGGUUAUGCUCCAUCUCCAUAUGGUGCACCAAACUACUAAACAACAUCUCAUAGGUUGUUGUAAUUAAUUACAACUUAAAAAAUUCCUACGAAAAGGCGAUUUGUCUUUUUAUUUAACUG